AUGCCCGUCAAAAUCUUCAUCUUCGCGUACAUCAUGGCUGUAAUGGCCAUGUUGUUAAUCAUGGUCUUGGUGGUCAUCAUGGUCAUGAUUGUCACCUCGGCCGUCGUGAGCAUGAUCCGCACCAUCACCAUGGCUGGCGUCACUUCCAUUACCGCCAUCAACACGAUCAGCCCCAUCGCCAACUUCAUGACGAUUUUUCACCUUCGUUUCACAGUCAACACCGUUAUCGGGUGCACCAUGCUCAUCUUGGCCAUCGCCAUCGCGUCAGCCUCACCGACGAGCCACCAGUGCGUCGCCGUGACGUGUACCGACUUUUUGAAGUUGCGAGCAGACCUGAUGGCCCAGUGCCUAAGCCACCCGUGCAGAAGAUGGAGUCAGAAGCCAAAGACUGGAGACGAACUUGCACGAUACAGGGAACACUACGGCACAUCGACCCUCCUCCGCGCAGAGAGCCGAGAUGCGAGCUUCUGCAAUCUUUCGGAAGGCACAGGCAGUGGCCGAUUGGCACAUCUUUGCCAGUUGCUUUUUAAGUGCAGCAGAAGCUACAGCAGUCGAUUCUGGCACUGCUUUAGCCAGGAAGACAGCAUUGGGCUUUUGAAGCCAAUAUGUGUCGAGUGCAACCACGAUGAGGGCUUCGAGCGACGAGUUCUCACCCGGGUGCAGCUCAGAACCUGGGGCGAGCUGUGCAUGCCCGUGUGCCCGCACACCGGCCGGGCAACAGAAGAGCCGUGCAACACAAGCUGCUUUGUCGAGUCCAACGUUCCAAUCAAAUACCCCGAGUACAUCUCCCACCGCUCGCUGGCUUGGAAGCAAGGGAAGUGGGUGCCAAGCCCUGCCACCGUGGACAAGUUCGUCAGGGAGGGUGGGGAGCAGUGGUCGGCCACCUUUGAGUGCUGGGACUUUCAAACCGGCCCUGUUGGUUUCCCCAUUUGCGACGGCUCUGAUCCACGAAAUUGGCCCGAUGAAGUUGGCGUGUGGCAGGUUGUCGCAUGCCCCGAUGGAGAAAUCGACCCGCCUCCUGUACCACGUUACAGCAAUACAAUCCAGACCUCCUGCGCGAACCUUUCGGACACAUGCAUGGACGAUCUGACCUGGGCUAUGAAAAUCGGGAUUUUCCAAGCGCCGGACUGGUAUCCAGGCUUGAAGUUCAACUCCACGCCGGAUGAGUUCCAAAUGUUCAUCCAUACGGUGCUAGGGAGCUGCCCGCCUCCGUGCUCGCAGGGACCCUACUUCGAGCCGGUGGAUGGAGGCGUCAACCGUGUCUGCCGGGGUCUGACGCCCGAGGAUAACUCCAACUCCUAUUUCACCGUCCGUGUCGCAAAUUCGACGGAUGCGUGCAAACAGCUUUGCGCCGACUCAUCCGGCUGCCGCGGUGUGGAGUACGCUGCAGAGUCUGGCCGGUGCGAAAUUUGGCUUCGCGAGGGCGGCAUCGAGGCGAGUAACAAAGCCUUCGGGUUCGAAUGUUGGCGGUACAUUGACCCCAAUGGUUCCAGCGGACCGCCAGUGACGACGACGCUGCUCCCACAUCAGCUGAUGUACUUCCAGGGUUUCGACGGCGUUGCCAAAGAUCGCGUUUGUCGAGGAGCGAACCCGAAUGACAACAGCUGGUUGUACUACGAUUUGUACUGGACCUCCACGCUCCAGGGCUGCCAGUCGCAGUGCAUCGAAGUGGCAGGAUGCAAAGGUGUGGAGUACGCAGCGUCUAUCGGCCGCUGUGAGGUGUGGACGAAGCCGGAGGGCAUUCAGGCGGUCCGUGUGUCGGCCGGAAACGACUGUUGGCUCUACGCGCCACCCGGAACCGGAGUUGGUACGAUCGACGCAUGGUGA